AUGCAGAGAAGCAGUAACGACAGCUUGAGUGAAUGGUGCCUAAUCGAGAGCAACCCAUGCAUUUUCAAUGAUAUGUUAAGUCGGAUGGGGGCGAAGAACCUCUCCGUGGAAGAUGUGUACGAUCUAGAUUUUUUCGAUGAUUACAUUUGUAAUAGGGAUGUGGUAACUGUAGAAAAUGUUCUGAGUGUGGAUGAGUAUCGAAGUGAGAAGGAGAAGAAGGUGAAGGAGGAGUGGGCCAUGCCUCCCAUGGAGGAGGGCAACGCGGUUGAAGGUACCACUGGGGAAAUGUCUUCUCAUAAGGAAGGCGCACAAAAGGGAUUGUACAGCAGUACCGUAGGGACAGAUGUAAAAUACAACAAACUAAUAAAAAACGAGAACAAUAUUUAUGGGAUAAUUUUUCUUUUUAACAUCGAUAAGAAUUACAAUAGGAAUAAAUUUGUCGAGCACAGUGUACCGGAUGAUCUUUUUUUUGCAAAACAGGUGAUUCCAAAUGCAUGUGCCACACAAGCCAUCCUAUCCAUUGUCCUUAACAAGGAGGUGGAGCUGAAUGAAGAAAUAAAAAAUAUAAAAUCCUUUAGCAACAGCUUUGAUAGCUCCAUGAAGGGACUCACUCUUUCGAACUGUAACUUCCUUCGUAACAUACACAAUUCGUACAAACCUCCCAUAUAUAUAGAGAAGGAGAACCUGCACGAUGAGAAGGGAAAAAUGAAUGAUUCUUUCCACUUCGUUUCGUACAUACAGUUUGGUGGAAGUGUGUACAUGCUCGAUGGGCUACAGGAGGGGCCCGUUUUAGUUGGACAGAUGAAUGGCGCAAACGAGAAUCGUAGUUGGAUUGAUCUCGCCAAAGAACACAUAAAGAAAGAAAUCACCGACAUAUGCAACGCUAGUGCUAAGGGAGAAGGUGGUGAAGGAGGAGAUGGACGAUUCAACAUUCUGGCUGUAGUAAAAGACAAGGAACAUAUUAUUAAUGAAUUUUGUAACAUACAUAGAAUUGUAAAAAAGAGAGUAAACAUUAAGUUAAGUACCUUGGGAAAGGAAGAUGUCGAUUUAAACGACAAUAUAAAUGAAGAAGAUUUUAACUACCCUAGCAUACCAACCAUAGAGGAACUCCCAGAUGAUAUUUCAGAACUACUUCUUAUUGCUCAAAAAUCAACCGGAGAAAUUAACUUCCUCCACUCACUUUUGCAGGAACAAAUACAGUUGAAACUAUCCUGGAACAAGGAACUCACUUUCAAAUUUUUCAAUUUCUACCCUUUUGUCAUGUCCUCCUUGAAUCUCAUGGCGAAGCAUAACAUUUUGAAGGAGGCCUACGAGAAACAGAUGCAGAAACAGAAGCAUAGUCGGGGCUCCGCGUAG